GCCAUCAGAAGUUAUCUGGAACCAGCCCCUGUCUGUGGUGCUAUUUCUUUCUUGUCAGUUCCCCUUUCUGCAUUUGAGUUCUAGUCUCAGCCCUGACAUUAUUUCUUUCUCUACAAAGAGUGUUAGGAAGUUAUGGGGAGCUCACAAAGGCUCCUCAUCGUUUAUUCUUAACACCUUGUUUCUGUGUUCCUCGGGAAUGUCACUGAGCUUAUACAUCUGGUCUCUGGGAGCUGCAGUGGAUGGGCAUUUGUGACAGCACUAUGGGACUGAGUCACACUCUCCUUGUGAUGGCCCUCCUGCUCUCUGGUGUUUCUUCCAUGAAGAGUCAAGCAUAUUUCAACAAGACUGGAGAACUGCCAUGCCAUUUUACAAACUCUCAAAACAUAAGCCUGGAUGAGCUGGUAGUAUUUUGGCAGGACCAGGAUAAGCUGGUUCUGUAUGAGAUAUUCAGAGGCAAAGAGAACCCUCAAAAUGUUCAUCUCAAAUAUAAGGGCCGUACAAGCUUUGACAAGGACAACUGGACCCUGAGACUCCACAAUGUUCAGAUCAAGGACAAGGGCACAUAUCACUGUUUCAUUCAUUAUAAAGGGCCCAAAGGACUAGUUCCCAUGCACCAAAUGAGUUCUGACCUAUCAGUGCUUGCUAACUUCAGUCAACCUGAAAUAACAGUAACUUCUAAUAGAACAGAAAAUUCUGGCAUCAUAAAUUUGACCUGCUCAUCUAUACAAGGUUACCCAGAACCUAAGGAGAUGUAUUUUCAGCUAAACACUGAGAAUUCAACUACUAAGUAUGAUACUGUCAUGAAGAAAUCUCAAAAUAAUGUGACAGAACUGUACAACGUUUCUAUCAGCUUGCCUUUUUCAGUCCCUGAAGCACACAAUGUGAGCGUCUUUUGUGCCCUGAAACUGGAGACACUGGAGAUGCUGCUCUCCCUACCUUUCAAUAUAGAUGCACAACCUAAGGAUAAAGACCCUGAACAAGGCCACUUCCUCUGGAUUGCGGCUGUACUUGUAAUGUUUGUUGUUUUUUGUGGGAUGGUGUCCUUUAAAACACUAAGGAAAAGGAAGAAGAAGCAGCCUGGCCCCUCUCAUGAAUGUGAAACCAUCAAAGGGGAGAGAAAAGAGAGCAAACAGACCAACGAAAGAGUACCAUACCACGUACCUGAGAGAUCUGAUGAAGCCCAGUGUGUUAACAUUUUGAAGACAGCCUCAGGCGACAAAAGUACUACACAUUUUUAAUUAAAGAAUAAAGUCCAUAUAACUGUCCAUUGUUUAUAUGCCUUUCCCUUCAAGUUUUGGGCUUACCUUUUUUUGUCUAUUAAUAUUAUUAUUACCAUUAAUAAUAGUGGAGGUUCCAGGACUCCAUCUGAGAAAGCCACCCUGUAAUGCCAGCUCUGCUCCCUACCUCAGGAGCAGACGUUAACUGCUUCUUUUCAUUUCAGAGCAAAUUUGUGCGCCAAGCUCACCUGACUGGCUCCUGGCUCAGGAAUAAUGUUUAAGACUAACACCUCCUGUUUCACAUUCAGCCUUCUUUUCUUAAUUUUAUAAAUUGCGUUUUAUGUAGAACUCCCAAUUACUGGAAUAAUGGCUUUUAUCUAUGAUAAUUCUAAGGUAGUGCCUCAUUCUAUCUUGUAUAUUUGUGACUGAAUAACUACCUCUUCAGUCUUGUGGGAGUUAUAUAUUUUAUGGCUUUUAUAGUAUUGCUAUCAAUAUCUUGAAACAUAAAGAGAUGUGUACUAUAAUAAUGUAAUUACUAUGCCCUGAGAAAAUCACUGCUGAGGAGCUCUUGUCCCUCUGUGAAGAUCAGUAGGAAAAUGGUGGCUUGGCGUGCUGACAAUGAUGAGCAGACCAACUCAAAAUUUGGAAAAUUAAGAACAAUGAAGAUGGAAUCAGCUCUGGAUCCUGGAUCCACUUCUAUCUGGGCCCUUGCUAACCUGAGAAGGAUCCGCCUGUGGAACAAGCUAUAGAUAAGCCUUAGCAGAGAACACUGGGUCAAGCACUGCGCAUUGUGAACCUACUUCUCUUCUUAAAAGAAAUGACUGAGAUGAUGGUCCAGGGCAACUAUGCAAGAGCCAACUGAGAGAUCACAACACUCAGAAAAAAAAUGAAAGAUCUUGACAACAGAGAUGCACAUGAAUGUCCUGUCUGUCCAGUCCUCUGACAAACCUUGGGAUUAGCAACAGGUAGACAGUCUGUCCAAAAGGACUUAAGACAGACAGCAGCUUCCAUGGUGGUUGGUGAGAAGUUUGGAUAAUAAUCAAGUUAUUGUGAUGUUUCAUCUGGCUGCAGGCAGAGCAGGGGAGGAAGAGCUAUCAUCUUGAUAAUGGGAUAAAUGGAAGGAAGCUUAGGACUCUUUCAACUUACUUCUGAGACACAAAGAGCUAGAGUGGAAUCAGGAGGACCAAGAUGUAAAUCAUCUAAAGGCCAACUUAGCUGGCAGGUGCCCUAGGGAGAGAUCAGCUGGCCAAGAGCAGGGCUGGCAAAUUUAUAUCUGAGGACUGUCUAUAUGUCAUUAUAAAUGAUGGGGAAACUGGGUACACGAGAGGACUAUACUAGCCCAGUAGAGAUGAGUCAGAUGACCCUGGCUCUAAAGCAGCAUCACUAAGGGAUGAGGCAGCCUCAGUCCAAACCAAGAGAGAACUUUGGGAGGCCCAACCCACAGAAAUAUUUCUUCUUAUUCUACAUAAAGGAAUCUAGAAGGUUGUAGACAGCUGUACUAGCCAUGCUUGUCCUUGUAAUAUUACCAUUUGUGUGUUCUUCCCUGCAUUUGCUUCAUUAGGCCAUAAGCAUCUUGUUGGUUUCUAACAUGUUUCGUAUAGUGAGUUCUUAAUAAAUUUUUCUUAAAUUGA